AUGUCUGACGGUACUAAUACCACCACCGCUUCCCCUCCUCCUCUACCCAAAGGCGCCAUGGCUUCAACAAUCCCUUCUCUCUCUCUAUCCUCCCCAGUUUCUCCCACUCCGAAACGACCAGCCAAUUCGUCUCAGGCUCCCAGUCCUCCUGCUACUCCCUCUCAGCGACUUCUCGAUUCAGAGGCAGGCCAUGUUCAAUUCGCCAGCUAUCCAGCGACCCCGGACGAGAAAACAAGACCGCUGGUGGGAGACGAUUUACCGCCUGGUUGGACCCCAGCGCCGUUGCGAGGCUGGUAUGCUAUCGCACUGAUUGUUCUCCUCGUCUGCCUUGCCAUUGCCUUGGAAAUUGCCUUCCACUUCACUAACAAGAACAACGGCUGGAAGACACGCGGGGAUGCGACCAACGUGACUGGCCCGAUGCAUUAUGUCUAUACACUUCCUCCUGUGAUCGUUGCCGCUGUGAUCGUGGCUCUCUGGACUUGGACCGAUGUUGAGAUCAAGAAGAUGCAGCCCUACGUCGAUCUGGCGCGCGGAGAUGCCCCUCCCCAAAAAAAGUCUUCUUUUGGAUUACACGCGACACAGCAAUUUCUUCGUAUGGUCGCACGCGCUGUACAACAGGCAUUGGGUUCUUUACUCAAUGUCAAGAAUACUUGGUUCACUCUUGAACCUUUCAAUGUCAACACUGUUGCGACUGUUGGUUUGAACCAGAGUUCCGAGUUUCAGGAUCUGACAAUUUUCCUUACUGCUGCUGGCUAUGCAUCAGCCAGUGUUGGUUAUAACCUUCCUGAACCGCCGUUUGUCUGGGAGGAUUAUACUGUUACCCCCUUCGAAAUUCCUUACAACGUUGCGAAUAAUGGCACCUUACUCGCCAAUGUCACUGUCGUCAAAACUAACACCAAUUGUGUAUCGGUACCCGUGACCAUGACCAACCACACGGACGGAAGUGGUUGGACGAAUACCUUGUCGCAGGGCGGUUGCUCUUUUUCCUUCGUUGUCGACCAUAGUGCACAGGAUCUUUUUGGAACAAGCACUGCUAAUUGCGGGGGUUCUACGCCACCACAAUUUCUUCCUACGAUCUUCUGGUUCUUCUCUUACGUCCCAUCUCCCAAAUCAUCGGCGACAUAUUGCACACCAACUAUCUCAUUAGUUGACGCGCUAGUCACUCUUGAUCUUCGCAGUGGAAAUGUUACCAAUGUUCGUGAGUUGCGACCUUUCAAUGCGGCUACCUCCAAAUUCGGCUCUUUGGCUGGGAAUCUCACUGGCGACCCACUCAACGGACGGGCGUAUAAUGGCAUCAAUUUCACUCUCAAUAAUCCAGACAAGUUUGUUACAGCGAGGAUGAACGCUAUCGCACUGACGAUGCCUGCAGCCGUCUAUCAGGCGGCCGUUCAAAGUUCGCAAGGUGUCCAGGGCACCUUUGCCUCUGAUAACUUUGUCCUAUGGUCCAAUGCAGUCUAUUCAAAAUACCUCACACUUGUUGCCAAAGCCGUCUACUUUUUGGAUAAUCGAGAACCUGUUUCGGUCCAGAUUAAGACGUUCGAGCUUCGUCUAUGGAUGAGCGAAUUUGCAGUGCAUGCCCUGGCUGCACUAUUUUUCCUGCUCGCGAUCGUAGCCGCUGUGAUUCAUGUAUUCCACCGUUGGGAACGACAAGAUCUCAAUCUGGUUCAUCAACCUGGAACAAUCGCGUCCGCAGUAGCUGUUGGAGCUGAGACUGGAAUGGGCCAGUUACUCGCGCAACAACGAGACCCCGAAGGAAUCCGACAAGCAUUGGCGGAUAAGAAAUUCAGGAUAGACCCUUAUACGAACAAGAUCGUAAUGGUCGGGGAGGCUGGGGAAGCGGGCGUCGAGAAGGUUAUCGAGAAUCCCGGGGUCACCAAAGUCACCACGCACGCCUCAGAGUAG